UAAUGUUAACAAUCAAAGUUACCAAAUAAUAAACAUUUUAAAAACACAUCGAGGUUCUGGUUCAAGUUUCUCAGUUUGGCAAUUCAAUAUUCUUGUUUCAGUUUCCAUAUCUCGCGACGAGCACUUGGGUCUUCGAGGGAGGACCUUAACACUAUCAGAACGUUCCCCUCUUUCUACGGCGCUGGACGCCGGGGAUUCAACCACUAGAUUUGCAUCUGGCUUCCCUUCCCAUCUGGGUUAAGAUUGCAGGUAUACCGCUGGAGUAUCACACAACCGAUGGAUUGAGCCGUAUCGCUAGUGUCCAUGGAGUACCUCUUUGGAUGGAUCAGGCUACCAAGAGGGGGGCAAAUGUCGGUAUGGCUAAGAUCUGUAUUGAGCUGCGGGUGGAUUCAACUUUUCAGGAUUCUAUUCGGGUUCAACCAGAGGGCGAGGUGGGUUUUAACCUAUAUGUGGAAUAUCUUCAUCUCCCUCCUAAAUGUCUCUAGUGCCAAGUCUUUGGGCAUUCCCAAGGUAGUGGGGAAGAGUGCAGAGUACCUGAGGAAAAAGGCACUACUUGGCAGAUGAAGCCAGUUGGAGAAGGUGAUAAGCUAUCUCCUCCAGCUUCUCUAGAAUCUCCAGUCAGGGUGGUUUUCAGCACUGAUGCAGCCACAUCUGGGGGGUUUCAUGUUGUCUUAGGGGCUCAGGGUUCAAGUUUGGGGGCUUGUGUGGAGUCGCUCUCUAUGGGUACUGACAAGGGUAAAGCAGUUGUGGAUACGGUAGCUGUUGAUGCAGAGUCUAGUCAAGGUGUGGUUGGGGUUGCCAGUAUUUCUCAUUCUCAGUCACGAAGCAUGUCAAAGGCUAAAGCUCCACCUCCUCGUCGUUGGCGUGGGAGGGGCAAGCGUCGAUGAUUCUGCUUUCAUGGAAUGUCAGGGGUUUCAACACUCCUUAGAAGCAUAAGUGUAUAUAUAUAUAUAUAUAGUGAACUAAAUAAACAUAAAGUAGAUUUUGUUGCUUUGUUAGAGACUAGAGUAUUAAAGGAGAAUUAUGAUCCUAUAGUUAAAGGGCAGUUUAAAGAUUGGGAAGUUAUGGAUAAUUACUCAAAGUCAGCUUCGGGUCCGGUCUGGUUGCUAUGGAGGAAUGGUCUGUAGGUUACAGACUUGGAGUCUGGGGAACAUUUCCUUCAUGUGAAGGUUUCAACAAAGGAUGAAGUUCUGAUAGUUACUAUUGUUUAUAGUCCAAAUAAAAAUUUGCAGAGGGCUCAGCUUUAUAAGGAUCUAUCAGUUUGUCAAAGGGCUGAUAUUCCUUGGGUAGUCUUUGGUGAUUUUAAUGCCAUUACUGAUGUCAAUGAGGCAUCUAAUACUGUGGUAGUGAAUCAGAUCAUGAUGGAUUUUCGACACUGGAUUGAUGAAAUGAAACUAGUAGAUCAUA